AUGAGCUCCCUGGGCUUGCGGAGCUUGGCUCCCGCCUCCAAGAUCUCCCGUGCGUUGAGGGAUCAGAGACGUCUAUUUUCUUCCUCCCGGCCUGCAGCCCGCAUCUUCGGCAGCAACCCUCUGCGCGCUAAGGCCGCUGAAGGCUACAUCUCAGACAAAUACCCGGUCAUUGACCACGAGUACGAUGCCGUCGUUGUCGGUGCCGGUGGUGCUGGUCUCCGUGCUGCGUUCGGUCUCGCGGAAGCUGGAUUCAACACUGCCUGUGUUUCGAAGCUGUUCCCUACACGAUCUCACACCGUUGCUGCUCAGGGUGGUAUCAACGCUGCUCUUGGCAACAUGCACCCCGAUGACUGGAGGUGGCACAUGUACGAUACCGUCAAGGGUUCCGAUUGGCUUGGUGACCAGGAUGCUAUUCACUACAUGACGAGAGAGGCCCCCGCCAGUGUCCGUGAGCUCGAGGGCUACGGCUGCCCCUUCUCCCGUACCGAGGACGGUCUUAUCUACCAGCGUGCGUUCGGUGGUCAGUCCAAGGAGUUCGGCAAGGGAGGACAGGCCUACCGAUGCUGCGCCGUCGCCGAUCGUACCGGUCACGCUCUCCUGCACACUCUCUACGGACAGUCUCUGCGCCACAACACGAACUACUUCAUUGAGUACUUCGCCAUGGACCUGCUGAUGGAGAACGGCGAGUGCCGCGGUAUCAUCGCCUACAACCAGGAGGACGGAACCCUCCACCGUUUCAAGGCCCACCACACCGUUCUGGCUACCGGUGGUUACGGCCGUGCCUACUUCAGUUGUACCUCUGCCCACACCUGUACCGGUGACGGUAUGGCCAUGGUUGCCCGUGCUGGUCUCCCCAACCAGGAUCUGGAGUUCGUCCAGUUCCACCCCACUGGUAUCUACGGUGCCGGAUGUCUGAUCACAGAGGGUGCCCGUGGUGAGGGUGGUUACCUGCUCAACUCCGAGGGUGAGCGUUUCAUGGAGCGUUACGCCCCUACCGCCAAGGAUCUGGCCUCCCGUGACGUUGUCUCCCGUUCCAUGACCAUGGAGAUCCGCGAGGGCCGCGGUGUCGGUCCCGAGAAGGACCACAUCUACCUCCAGCUGAGCCACUUGCCCGCUGAGCUCCUCCACGAGCGUCUCCCCGGUAUCUCCGAGACCGCCUCCAUCUUCUCCGGUGUCGAUGUCACCAAGCAGCCCAUCCCCGUCCUGCCCACCGUCCACUACAACAUGGGUGGUAUCCCCACCAAGUUCUCCGGAGAGGUCCUGACUCAGGACGAGAACGGCAACGACAAGGUCGUCCCCGGUCUGUACGCCUGCGGUGAAGCCGCCUGUGUCUCCGUCCACGGUGCCAACCGUCUCGGAGCCAACUCCCUCCUCGAUCUCGUCGUCUUCGGCCGUGCCGUCUCCCACCGCGUCAAGGAGAUCGCCUCCCCCGGCAAGCCCCACGCCGAGCUGGCCUCCGACGCCGGUGCCGAGUCCAUCAAGGACCUCGACUUCGUCCGCACCGCCGAGGGCCCCAAGUCUACCUUCGACAUCCGCAACGCCAUGCAGAAGACCAUGCAGACGGACGUCUCUGUCUUCCGUACCCAGGAGAGUCUGGACGAGGGUGUUGAGAAGAUCACCAAGGUCGACCAGAUGUUCGACCAGGUCGGUACCAAGGACCGCAGCAUGAUCUGGAACUCCGACCUCGUCGAGACCCUUGAGCUCCGUAACCUUCUGACAUGCGCCUCUCAAACCGCCGUUGCCGCCGCCAACCGCAAGGAGUCCCGUGGCGCCCACGCCCGUGAGGACUACCCCGAGCGUGACGACGAGAACUGGAUGAAGCACACCCUUACAUGGCAGAAGAACCCCCACGGCAAGGUCGACAUCGGAUACCGCAGCGUCGUGCACAACACCCUCGACGAGAACGAGUGCAAGCCCGUUCCUCCCUUCAAGCGUGUCUACUAA